AUGUCUUUAAAGAAGGAGACACCUUGUGAUCAACAGCUACAUCUUGCAGCGCUGCAGGGUAACUUGGAGCUGUUACAGAGAACGCUGAACACUGGUCGUGUGCAUGUUGACUGCAAAGACAAGGAGGGCACAACACCAUUGAUUUUAGCUGCAGCAAACAAUCACUUAGAUUGUGUUAAAGAGCUACUUGAACAUGGUGCAGAUCCAAAUGCUAGACGACUGACUGGCACAUGUGCUUUGUUUUUUGCCGCCCAAGGUGGAUUUCUGGACAUUGUCAAGGUUUUGUUAGAACAUAAUGCAGAUGCGGAUCUGGCCAGUUAUGAUGGAGGAACACCAUUAUUUGUGGCCUGCCAGUGUAAUCACCAGGAUGUUGUAGCAGAAUUGCUGGCCAAAGGCUCAGAUAUUCAUCUGCAAAUGAUAGAUGGAGCCACUCCCCUUUUCAUUACUGCACAGAAUGGUCAUGCUGAUCUUCUGCAGUAUCUAAUCUCAAAAGGUGCAGAUCCCAAUAUAAAAAGAAAGGAUAUGGCCAGCCCUCUUUGGAUCGCUGCACAGAUGGGACAUACUGAUGUUGUCAGAGAGCUAUUGCUGGCAGGAGCAGAAAUAGAUGCUAUGAGAGAGGAUGGAGCUACACCUCUUUUCAAGGCUUGCCACAAAGGGCACCUGGACACAAUAGCUGAGUUACUUCAACAUAAACCUAAUGUUCACAUUCUUGAAAAUGGUGAAACGGUUCUUCAUGCUGCUGCUUUGUUUGGUCAUUUGAAAGCUGUGAGACUGUUAUUACAAUCGGGCGUACGAGCAGAUAUACAAAAUAAGGAUGGCCAAACAGCAGCAGAGCUGGCAAUAGAAGCAGGAUAUGACUACAUAGCUACCUACAUCAACAACUUUAAGCUGGACCCAGAUGGCAAAAGCUUAGCUGGCACAUACACAGAAACUGAUGGGUGA